AAAAAAAAAUCGUCAAUGGCUUGUUAUCCGCAUUGCCUUCCCGUUCUCCGUUCCUGACUCCACCGAAUCCAACGUCGAAAUCCCGAUUCGCCGACCCAGUCUCCCUUUCCCGGGCAAAUACUAUGAAGCGCUCCCGGCCGACUCCGUUUUACCGCAUCCCGCCCCAUCCUCCGGCUCCUGCAGUGCGGGUGUGGCACCUUUAAAAAGCCGAUCGGCAACUCCCCGCCUCUACCUGCCGUUUCGGCCCCUCCCCCUCCCUCCUUCUCCAAUGUCCCUUUCCUUUGCCCUCUCCCUCGGAAGGCGUUUCGGUCACCGGCUUCCCGCUGCCCUACUCCCGCUCCGUCCCUUGUGCAGGUCUACCGGCUUCAGGAUGGCGUCUACACUGCCGAGGCUGCCCGUCUUCGAGGCGAUCGCCCGCCACGACCCGGAAUCAACCGCCGUGAUCCACUCGAACAGCGGGCGCCGGUUCCGGUACGGGGAGUUGCUCGGCGACGUGUGCAAGGUCCGGAACCGCCUGUGCGAGGCCGCCGGAAAGGACGACAUUGAUGGCGAGCGCAUCGCCUUCCUGGUCGAGAAUAGCUACGACUAUGUGGUGACUCUGCUGGCCAUUCUUGCGGCCAAGUCGAUCGCCGUGCCCCUGUCUCCGGCCUUUCCUGCGCCGGAGCUGCAGUACAUCCUGAACCACAGCGAGGCCCUGAUGCUCCUGUCUUCGGCAAAGUUCACCUCGAAAGCGGAAGAAGUGCUGAAGACGGAGCUGGAUUUCCAGCCUGUCCAUCUCCAGCUCGAAAAGUUCCAGGGCAAUGGCGUUCACGAGAAGGUCACGCUGGAGAAGUCGGAUCCUGGAUCCGCCGGAAUGAUGCUUUACACAUCUGGCACGACGAAUCGACCAAAAGGCGUCUUGCUCCCCCAAUCGGUCAUGACAGCACAGGCCCGUUCGCUCCUUCAAGCCUGGGAGUAUUCGCCUUCGGACCACCUCCUCCACGUCCUCCCACUUCACCACAUCCACGGAACAAUCAACGCCAUCUUCACCCCCCUCUUCUCCGGCAGCACGAUCGAAUUCCUCUUCCCCUUCAACGCCGACGCCGUCUGGCGGCGCUUCGCCGCACCCUUCCUCACCCCAGACCAGACCCCCGACUCCGACUCCGACUCCCCCCAACCCCGUCACCGCAAGAUCACCUUCUUCACGGCCGUCCCCACCAUCUACUCCCGCCUGCUUGCCGCCCACAAGGCGCUCCCACCAGACAUGCAGAGCGCCGCCCGCGCCGCCAUCUCCCCGGCCAACCUGCGCCUGGCCAUCUCGGGCUCCGCCGCCCUCCCGACGCCCAUCAAGCGCGCCUGGGCGGACCUCAGCGGCGGCAACGUGCUCCUCGAGCGCUUCGGCAUGACCGAGGUCGGCAUGGCGCUCAGCUGCGGCCUGGACGUGGCCGACCGGGUGGACGGGUCGGUCGGGUGGCCGCUGCCGGGGGUCGAGGCGCGCCUGGUCGACGUCGACACGCACCAGGUGAUCGAGCCGGGGCAGGAGCGCGACGCGGACGGGCGCGAGCGCGCCGGCGAGAUCCAGCUGCGCGGCCCCUCCAUCUUCGCCGGCUACUGGCGCAGCCCGGAGGCGACGGCCCGCGAGUUCGUCAACGCCAAGGACGGCCGCGGCCCCUGGUUCAAGACGGGCGACGUGGCCGUCCGCCGGCCCGUCGAGGGCGCCGGCCGCAGCGACCGCCCCAGCCAGCGGGACUGGGCCCGCGGCGACCUCUACUUCAUCCUCGGCCGCCGCAGCGCCGACAUCAUCAAGAGCGGCGGCGAGAAGGUGUCGGCGCUCGAGGUCGAGCGCGAGAUGCUCGCCCUGCCCCAGGUCGCCGAGGUCGCCGUGCUCGCCGUCCCCAGCGGCAAGUGGGGGCAAAAGGUCGGCGCCGUCGUCAUCCUCGACCGCGAACACGUGCCCGACGGCAAGUGGUCGCCGCUGGACAUGCGCCGCGCCCUCAAAGGCCGCCUCGCGAGCUACAAGAUUCCCCAGGUUCUCAAGGUGGUUGAUCACAUCCCGAGGAAUGCCAUGGGCAAGAUCAACAAGAAGAUGCUGGUCAAGGAGAUGUUUAUCGACGAGUUUAGCGGGGAUGAGUUGUAAGACCCGGG